CUUUCUCCUCUAGAGAUGGAUUUUGAAGCCCUUAAGAAAUACUCAGCACUACAUCCUAAACCUGCUGGACUUACUCUCCAGUAUGGCACCGCUGGAUUUCGUGCCAGGGCUGAACAGCUUGACCACAUCAUGUUCCGCAUGGGCCUGCUGGCGGUUCUCAGGUCCAGAGCUGUGGUAUCUACUAUUGGCAUCAUGGUUACUGCAUCUCACAAUCCUGAAGAAGAUAAUGGUGUAAAGCUGGUCGAUCCUCUUGGUGAAAUGCUGCACCCUUCCUGGGAAGUGUAUGCCACACAACUAGCAAAUGCAGAGGAGGAAGAAUUACAGAAUAUAAUAACUGAGAUCUGCCAAAAAGCAUCGGUGAACCAGCACAAAGAUGGCUCAGUUUUUAUUGGCAGAGACACCAGGCCAAGCAGCGAGAAGCUUUCCCAGUCAGUAAUAGAUGGUAUCUCUGUUCUAGGUGGCCAGUACCAUGACUAUGGUCUGGUGACAACACCACAGCUGCAUUACAUGGUCUGCUGUCAGAACACCCAAGGGCAGUAUGGGAAAGCAACGCUGGAAGGUUAUUAUGAAAAACUAUCCAAAGCUUUCACAGAACUGAUAAAACAGGCUCCAAACUCUGGAGAGGGUCAGAGGCACCUGAAGGUUGACUGUGCCAAUGGAAUAGGAGCCCUGAAACUAUCAGAAAUGGAGCCCUACUUUCCAAAGGAGGUGCUAAUUCAGCUGUAUAAUGAUGGAACCAAGGAGAAACUCAAUCACUUAUGUGGUGCAGAUUUUGUGAAAGUUAACCAGAAACCUCCUAGAGGGCUGGACAUGAAGGCCAAUGAGAGGUGCUGCUCAUUUGAUGGUGAUGCAGAUAGAAUUGUUUAUUACUACAAGGACACGAGUGGCCAUUUUCAUCUGAUCGAUGGAGACAAAAUAGCAACUUUGAUCAGUAUCUUCCUUAAAGAGCUCCUUGCCAAGGUGGGAGAGAACUUUGAGAUGGCAGUGGUACAAACAGCGUACGCCAAUGGCAGCUCCACACGCUACCUUGAGCACACGCUGAAGGUACCUGUGCACUGUGUCAAAACAGGAGUGAAACACCUGCAUCACAAGGCCCAGGAGUUUGAUGUUGGUGUUUACUUUGAGGCAAAUGGACACGGUACAGUAUUAUUCAGUAAAGCUGCUGAAACUAAAAUAAGACAACUGGCAAAAGAGGAGGAAGAUGCUGAGAAAAGAGAAGCAGCAAAGGUGCUGGAAAAUAUGAUUGACCUUAUCAAUCAGACAGUUGGUGAUGCUAUCUCAGACAUGUUAGUUAUUGAAGCAAUCCUGGCCUUGAAAGGUCUGACUGUGCAACAAUGGGAUGCCAUCUACACUGACCUUCCAAACCGCCUGCUCAAAGUUCAGGUGGCAGACAGGAGGGUGAUCAGCACAGCAGACGCCGAGAGGCGGGCGGUCAGCCCUGCGGGGCUGCAGGAGAAGAUCGACGCACUGCUCAGGAGGCACCAGCUGGCACGAGCCUUCGUCCGCCCCUCCGGAACCGAAGACGUUGUCAGAGUAUACGCCGAGGCGGACACCCAGGAGAACACAGACGCCCUGGCCCAUGAAGUAAGCCUGGCUGUUUACCACCUCGCUGGUGGAAGAGGAGCACCACCCCAGCCUAUAUAA